AUGGGAAUCAACACCGCGAACCUCCCACAGGCGUCGUAUUACGAUUCAAUUGGUCUGUUGGCCAUUUGUGAUGCGUUAGAGUCAGUCGAGGGUAUUCCUAGUACCAGCUACCUACCAAUACCUACCAAACUGUUAUCAGCAUACGAAACAGUAACGAGGAUCACAUCCAAAGGUAGUAGCAACAGCAAUGACAAUAAGGAUCGGGUACUGCCACAGAUCUAUCCACCACGACGGGAAUUGAAGGAUAACUAUCCCAGUGCCGCGUCAUUGCAACAUAUGUUUCUUUCCCACACACCAGCGUAUUUAUCGGGUGAUGUGUCAUAUGGAUUCAUACAGCAACAACAACAGCACCAAUUCGGGCUGCAGCAGGCUGAAUUGCAAAAAAGAUUCCUCAUUUUUCAGCAGCAUCAGCAGAGAGAACUAGAGAGAGAACGAUUGCUGCGUGAACAGGAAGAACUAGAAAAUCAAAAGCGAGAGGACAGUGAACCUACCAGCUUGGAAACACCAGACACAAAGGAUGACGCGGGACCAGGACCAGGAUCGGGUCCUGGAGCAGGAUCAGGAUCGGGAUCAGGAAAUGGAACCGGAGCUGAACCUGCCACAGGAACUAGUCCAAGACCAACAGCAAGUCCUUCAGCAGGCACAGGAAACGGACCAAACUUGAGCACUGCCGCUAAUUCUAAUGCUGGAAAUAACUCCACAACCAGCAGAGUUGGGUCUGGAGCGAGCACAGGAGCCAUAACUGCCGCGACUAUUGUCAGACCUAAUAACACAAGUGGUUUAGGUGGUGCAAAUGCUGCAGCUGGCGGUAAUAGAAGUGGGUUUGGAACCCCAGGUGCUCCAAGAGCUCCUGGAAAUGGAAUUAACCAAGCGCCAUCGGUGUCAUACAGCAACGCUCCUCUUAAAAACACACCCACUCCGUCCCUCUCGGUAGGGACUAUGAACAAUAAUCACAAACUAGGAAUUCCAACCACAGCCAGCACAGCCAGUCCAUCGAUAACAAACACCCCUAGCCCCUCAGCCGGCUCAGUAGGCAGUCCAACACCUGUAGCACCAAGUCCAAACCUGGCUGCUGCAGUGGCUGCUAAUGCCAACCGGGAAAGAGCCACUCCUCCUGUUCAAACCCCAACACCAAGUACUCCUGCAUCUCCACUUCUCUCAAAACCGCCAAUGACACCUGGUGGAGUCAAACCAGUACAAACUCCUCAGGACUCCAGUUCAUAUCCCACUGCCAACGGCACAGCCAGCCAACCCAGUACACCCAAUCCAUCGUCAGCUGCGUUUUCCAUGUCGACUCUUAAUAUGAGAAAAAGCUCUGGUGUCGACAAACCCAAGAAAACGGGCCCCCCAGCAGCACCCAACGUGCGAACGUCGAAAGCAGAGGGCCAUUAUAAAACUGAGGAAUGUCCAGUGUGUCUCCGAACGUUCAAAGGACCCAAAGCCUCGACCCACAAACAACAACACGUACGAAGAUUACACUUUGAUCAGUACACACCCAAACGAGGAGGCAAAAAGAAAAUCGUGCCACCGACAUCGACACCAGGAGGCGAAGGCACCACCACACCAGCGUCCGCUUCACCAGCCCCUGCCACAACGGCAAUCCCCGACAUGACCACCCAGCCAAACCGGCCUCUCGAGGCGGCCGACCCAUCAAUCUAA